CAACGUUGCAGUUUAACAAGUAGCCGCUAUAGCUGGCACCACACUCUUGCUUUUGUGUCAAUGCGCAGAGCGCUCAUUCGCACUUUGCGUGGCUGUCAGACACCUCAGCUCCGCAAUCACUCUGUCUUCCGCAUUCCGCGUGCGCACCACCAUCACUCUUCGUGCAACAUGCAGCUUCCGCAAUCUUCCGCCGCAUAUGUGCUGGCACCUGAGCUCACAUGGACUGGCGAGGCGUUCGAGCGCGACGUGCACGUGUCUGUGGGCGCCGAUGGUUUGAUCCAGUCCGUUGAGCGCUCAGCCGACGCUGACGCCUCUGCCACCGUCCACAAGCUGCCAGGUCGUGCGCUACUGCCUGGUAUGGUGAACGCUCACUCGCAUGCGUUCCAGCGCGGCCUGCGUGGCCUCGGAGAGACGUACCCGAAGGACUCUGCCCAGAGCAGCUUCUGGACGUGGCGCGAGGAGAUGUACAAACUCGUAGGCGGCAUGAGCGAGCAGCAGAUCUACGAUCUGACACGUCAGUGCUUCUCCGAGAUGCGCGACGCCGGCAUCACAAGCGUCGGCGAGUUCCACUACUUCCAUCAUGGUCGACCAGGUGAAGGUAAGGACGGACAUGAGUUCGCGUACGACGAGACGGUGCUACGUGCGGCCAGGGACGUGGGGAUCCGCAUCGUGUUACUUAAUGCGUACUACGAACACGGAGGCUUCCAGCGCGCACCAAUGGUAGAGUCUCAGAAGCGCUUCAAGGUGGACUCGCACGAAGUCUACUGGAAGCAGAUGGAUGCGCUACUGAGUAAGCUGGCUGAUGACCCCACUCAGUCACUGGGCGUGGUGGCCCACUCGAUGCGUGCAGUGGAAGUACCCGAUAUUGUCAAGCUGCACGAGGAAUCCGUGCGUCGCGGUCUGGUGUUCCACAUCCACCUCGAAGAGCAGACCAAGGAAGUGGAUGACUGUAAGGCUGCACACGAUGGCGAGACGCCCAUGGGUCUGUUGUUGAAGCAUCUAAAGAUCGAUGAGAAGUUCACAGCGGUGCAUUGUACGUGGACCAAGGCAGAUGAAUUGAAGCAGUUUGUGGAGAAGAAGGGAAAUGUCUGCAUUUGCCCCCUCACUGAGGGUAACCUGGGAGAUGGCUUCCCGUUCAUUGCGAGCUGCUCGGACCGUGUGUGUCUCGGUACGGACUGCAAUGCCCGAGUGGACAUGUGCGAAGAGAUGCGCUGGCUGGAGUACGCGCACCGCUUGCACCAAAGCCGGAGAGGUGUUUGCACUGACUCCACUUCGGAGACCGAUCUGGCCAAGCUUCUGUUCCGUUAUGGCACCAAGAACGGAGCCGAGUCGCUGAACCUGCAAGUGGGUGAAAUUAAGGAGGGAUAUGCUGCUGACUUUGCACUAGUCGACAUUGAAGAGGAACAGCUCAAGUUCUCGACUCCGUCGUCUCUUAUGGGCGCGUUCAUCUUUGGAGCUAACGGGUCGAGCGUCGUGAAGGCAACGUCAGUGAAUGGAAAGUGGCGUGAGACGAUCUCGAAGAAGGUUCAGGAGACCCCGAAGAGUGAUGAUUCAGCUGUCUCCGAUGAACACAAGGCCCAGAUCGAGGCCGCUGCUGCUCUGGCAGAUGUCAACAGUGACGAUGUUGUGAAGCUUGCGAUUGGUCUCAACUCUAUCGUCUCGACCUCAGGAGAUGAGGCUGCUGUAGGUCAGGCGAUUGCCGACUGGCUCACUACUCGUGGAUGGACUGUGCACAAGCAAAAGGUCCCUCCACAGUCCGAUGCUGCCGUCAAAGCCGACAGAUACAAUGUGUAUGCUACUCGAAGCAACAGCAAGACUCCGCGUCUUCUGUUCAACUCGCACAUGGACACCGUUCCGCCGUACCUUCCUCCUCGCAUCGACAGCACGACGCUCUAUGGUCGUGGUGCCUGUGAUGCUAAGAGUCUGAUUGCUGGUCAAAUGAUCGCAGCGCAGAAACUUGUUGAAGCUGGUUUUGGCAAUGACGUUCAGGUUCUCUAUGUCGUGUCGGAAGAAACCGACCACAGCGGAAUGAAGAAGGCCAAUGAGCUCAAUGUCAAGCCAGCUCACAUGAUUGUCGGCGAACCUACCGCUCUCAAGAUGUCGAAGAUGCAGAAGGGAGUGCUCAAAAUUCAACUCACGCAGAAGGGAGUUGCAGCACACAGCGGAUACCCGCACUUGGGCGACUCGGCCAUCGACCCGAUGAUUGAUGUCCUCUACGACUUAAAGAAGGAGAGCUGGCCAACAACGGAGGAUUACGGCAACACAGACCUUAACAUCGGUCUGCUAAACGGUGGACAAGCAGCCAAUGCUUUGGCUGAGCAGUCAUCGGCGAUGCUUAUGUUCCGUUUGGUGACUGAGCCCGACGUCAUCUACAAGCGCGUUGAGGAAAUCGUGGCUGGACGUGUGGAGAUGAAACUUUACACCUCGAACGCCCCCGUUCACUUGACUACAGUGGAGGGUUAUGACACUGGCGUUGCCUGUUUCAACACGGACAUUCCUUACUUUAACUUCGACGGUAAGGCGUACCUGGUUGGCGCUGGCAGCAUCACGGACGCUCACUGCCCGCGCGAGUUCAUCAAGCUUGACGAUCUGAAGAGUGUGGUCGACUACUACUUCAAACUGGGCAAGCGUUUGAUUGAGGACGGCAAGUAAGCAGAGCUGAACGGAUUUUAGAGAGCAAGCAUGUUAAUGCUUAGAACGACUUGAUGACCACGUGCUUGUAUUCAACCAAAUAAUUGGCGUUUACGUUGGAGGGAGAGUUUUGCCUGCAUGGGCCUUCAGAUCAAACUGGAUCGGAUCAAGAUCGCCCCACUCAGCUCUCCACUCGAUGUUUUGACUGAAAAAAUCGACGCCAAUGUGCUUCUGAUAGCUCUCGAAGCUUCGCUCAGUUCCUAAUGUGUACUUACCCAC